GCCAUUACACAUAUAACAAGCAUGGCGAUUCCACGACUUUUUAGAUCACUAUAUAAUUUCAGGAGUAAGCACCAAUAAUUUGUCAACAAUGUAUCGGGAGUACCUUCAACGGUUCAAUGAAAAUGUCUCACAAAACUCAAGCAGUGGUGAGUUGUCAGCAACAGUGAAACUAACACAAGGAAUUGCAAAGAAUGAUCAAAAUUCAAAGGUUGAAACACGAGUGGAGGUACUACAAACAAAUAAAAACGAUGCAAACCCGAGCAUUACCAAGCCAAUUUCAAACCAACAAAGAAACUCGAAUGAUCCAUCAAAAGAAAACAACCAGGUAGAAGAAAUUAAAAUCCCUGUAACACGGGGCCAGUUGACUCAAGAUGUACUUAUACGAGGCACUAAAUUGGAUUCCUUGACAGAUUUUAAAGUCACCAUAUCCCUAACUAUGGCAGGCAAAACCAGAAAGAGAAAUCAUGAGUUGUCCCUCAAAGCAUUAGGAGGAGAUCUGACUCUUCACUACCCCUCGACUUCCAAAAUUGUCCGAAUCUUCACUAGCAGUACCUUCACAGAUACUAAAUUCGAGAGGAACGCCUGGAUGGAGAAGGCAUACCCUCGCCUCAAACAGUACUGCCGGUCUCGAGGAUACGAGUUCCAGGUUGUGGACAUGCGUUGGGGGGUUAGGGACGAAGCUACAGACGAUCACAGGGGGACUGAGCUUUGUCUAAGAGAAUUGCAGUUGUGCCAGAAACUAUCCACUGGACCCAACUUUGUAUCGUUAUUGUCACACAAAUACGGCUACACUUCCUUACCAAGAGAAAUUGAUAUAGAAGAAUACGAGGCAAUUUACAACGGAACAGAAAGCGAAGAAGAUAAAGGACUUUUACAAAAAUGGUACAGGAGAGAUGACAAUUCCAUACCCCCCAUGUAUGUCCUUCAAACGAUUAGCAAAUUACUACCAGACUACCUGGCACAUGACCAAGAGAAAAAGAAAUCCGCAAAAAGCCAGUGGUGGAGCGAAAGUGAGGCUCUGCAGAAAACCCUAACUGAAACAUCCCAGAGAGUGUUAGGGGAGCAAGAGGCCAUGAAAUACGUGAUAUCAAUAACACACCUAGAGGUCUUGAAAGGGAUUUUGGAGUGUAAAGACCCAGAAAACCAAUGUUUGUGGUUUAAACGCACCAUUAAGGACAUCGAAAACGUGGAGCCCAGUUGGCAGUUGUCCAGAUUCAUGGAGUGCUUGGGUCCUGAAGAGAAAUGGCAAAAUACUCGUAAACUAUUAAAACACCUAAAGCAAAACAUGGAGAACGUUUUGCCUAUGAAUAAUGUUCACGAAUAUACGAUCCCGUGGUCUGAGAAAGGAAUAGAUCCCUCUUUACCAGACCAUUAUCUGUAUCUGCAAGAAAUGAAUGACAAUUUCGAACAGCUUAUGAUUUCCAAGAUUGACCAGGCUAUUGUCAAAAGAGAGCUAGAUGAUGAUGAAGAUCCGCUGUUUGAAGAAUGUCUACAGCACCUCGAGUUCUGUAAAAGAAAAUGUCAGGCAUUUGGACGCGAAGACGAAUUACAGAAAAUAAAAAACUACGUACAAGGAGCAAGUAAAUAUCCAUAUGUUGUGCAUGCAUCUUCUGGUGCCGGAAAAACAACAAUCAUGGCCAUGGCCGCUUCACAGGCAAAGUCAUGGUUGACAGACAGUGCAUCUAUAGUGAUAAAGUUUAUUGGUACAACAUCCGAGAGUACAGACAUUAUCCCAUUUCUUCAAAAUCUAACACAGCAGAUGAAACGCGUCAAAGGGGAAUACGCUUAUAAGGCUGAGGGAGAUAUUAAACAUAUUUCAUCGGAAUUCCACGCUAGCCUCCAAGGAGUCAAACCCGGUAAGAUGGUGGUCUUAUUUAUUGACGCAUUAGACCAGUUUUCGGUGUCUAAUGGUGCUAGAGAGUUGUUUUGGCUUCCAAGAACUCUACCAGAUAAUGUGAAACUUGUGGUCUCCACUUUAGAGGAAUCAAAGUAUGGAUGCUUUCUCAAACUGAAGAAUAUCAUAAAAGAAGAUACAAACUUUUUACAUGUGAAACCAUUUACGGAAGGUGAUGUGCAACAGAUUCUGAAUGGCUGGUUACAAACUGACAGAAGAACAUUGACGCAUGAUCAACAUCAGGUCUUGAUUUCAGCGUUUAAUGAAUGUCCUCUUGCGUUGUUUCUGAAACUGUCGUACGACAAAGCGUCCACCUGGAUGUCAUACUACACAGGGGACCACAUUCUGCUGCAGAAAACCGUGCGUGCAAGUAUCAAUGAAUUAUUUAGGAGAUUGGAGGUACUGCAUGGCCAGGUGCUGACGUCCAAAGCUUUUGGAUACUUAACUUCCGCUAGGACUGGACUCUCUGAAGCUGAACUAGAAGACAUAUUGUCAUGUGAUGAUGACGUAUUGAAUGAUGUUUAUAUGUAUUGGACACCCCCUAUCAGACGCUUGCCGCCUUUAAUCCUAGUUAGACUGAAGGCAUCAUUAGAAGACAAACAUUAUAUAGUUGAGAGGAAUGUCGAUGGGGUAAUGGUGAUGUACUGGUAUCACAGGCAGUUUUCAGAAGCGGCCUAUGAUCGCUAUUGUCAUCUUCAAGAUAGACAUACAACUCACACAGGGUUGGCGGAUUUUUUCAGUGGAACCUGGGCUCAAGGUAAUAGAAAGCCAUACAUAGACCAACACGGUAAUGAACACGCUGCGGACAGACAGGUAGCUGAACAGCCAUUCCUAACUGGUGACCGCUACAAUACACGCAAGCUCAAUAACCUUGCAUUUCACAGAGUCAUGUCGGGAGAUUUACCCAAAACCAAGAAAGAGUGCUUAUGUAACUUUCAAUUCCUGAUACACCGACUGAAAGGAACUUCCGUUCGGCAACUUUUAGAUGACUUUGAAAUUGCGCAUGAAUUUUUCCCAAACGAUAAAGCGAUCAGCCAAAUUGGACACUCGCUGAGACUCUCAGAAAGCGCACUACUUUACGACGCGAGUUUGCUGGUAUCUCAGAUGCUGGGACGUCUACCAUGCAAUGAGGAUACAAAAGACUUUCUACAACAGUGCAGAGAAUCUGGUAUAAUGUAUCUUAACAGCAACAGGUGCGUGUUGACACAGACUGGAGGUCAGUUAGAGUACGCUCUUCACGGUGAUGAUGAGGAUGUCAUGUUUCUUGAUAUGACACAAGAUGGGACGAAGAUAGUCACAGGUGCCACAAGUAACAUCGUCAAGCUUUGGGAUGUUAAAAAAGGAAAACUUAUUCGAAGCAUUGAGGAUCUGGAUAAAUCAGUCACCAAUGUUAACUUUGUGAACAAAGACAACAACAUUCUGGUCAGAACAACAAACAAACUGCUAUGUCUUACCACUCUCGGGGAUAUUCUAUUCAACGUUUCAUAUGAAAAUUUUUCACUAUACGUAAUUGGGGGGAAAGGGAAAUCAACUCUCUGCAUAUACAAAGAGCGCCACCUUCAGUUCUUCGAUCUUUGCCAAGGAGAUCAGACUCAUUCAACAACGAUUCAAGAUGGGAUGCUUACUGAUCCACGAGGAUACGUAAAUGAUUACAAGGUCUGUUACUUGAUGAACCUCAACUACGGUACUGACGCAUUAAUGGCUUUAGUAGAUUACAAUACCAAGCGUUUUAUGCUAGUUGACCUCAACUCCAAAACAACAACUCAGUUCUGUCGCGUAUUUGAUGGUGAUGAGGAAGGAGAUGGUAUGGACAUAGACGCCAUUGCAAUCACCAAGGACAACACACACGUGAUUGUCUCCUCCGCGCUAAUCAAUGACCUCAUUCUCUUUGAUACCAAAACGUUAGAGAAAGUUCGGGUUAUUCAAGGACAGCGAGGAGAUUAUUCUGAAAAGUUCCAAUUAUCGCUUGACGGCGAAUAUCUUUAUUUUCCUUCAAAAGAGAAUGUCGUUCUUUACAACCUCAAUACGUGGGAGAGAAGCGCAAUCUUACGGCACUCGCAUGAUGUUUAUUGUGUUUCUUCCAUGGACAUGAAAACGUUUGCCACGAUAUGUGGUGACAGUGGUCUUUGGAUCUGGAAUGCUACUAACACAAUGGUUAAGGGUCCAGUAGAUGGUUUCAUCGGGACAACUGUCAGCUACAUGACCAAGCUACCAAACAGUUACUAUGUAGUGACACUUGUUAGUCAUGGAAAGGAUUUUUACAUCCAAGUUCAUGAUGUUAUAAAGAAAAUCAAAGUUCGGCAAGCCAAAAUUUACAACGAUCACGAGAAUGGAUCUGGGCUUCGACCUCGGAUUAUUGGUCUUGUUACGGAAAGUACCAUAUUAAUGCCUACAAAUUCAAGAAAAUUGAAAAAUGUGAGUCUGGAGACAAUGAAACCCAUGAUCAUAUACCAGGGUCGUACCCCGAAAUACCCGAAAGUGGCCAUACUUGCUAACAAUCAAGAAAUAGCCACGACAACAAGGGGAGGUUCUCACAUCAAAAUCCAGUGUUCUGUGACUGGGCGUACCAAAUGUGUGAUCAGGACACCAGAUAGCAUCUCAGGCAAAGUAGAGACACUAAAUAGUGGGACCCAUGGAAGUCUAUUAGUAGUCGGUCACGAAAAUUCACAGCAUACACAUGCCAUAGACGUCAUCAAUCGCCAAACACGUUAUGUCAUCAGCAUUUCAUCAGAACUUGGCUUUCCACAAAUCUCCUUCGAACUUGAAAUCUCACCCGAUGACACGUUUGUACUGUUCACAGACCGGAAACGCCCGAGAGGAUACCGCCCGGGAAAUACGACAAAAUUCAUUUCUGUAGUCUACGAUGUGGAUUCCAGGACAGCAAUUGAUCUUUUUGACCGCUACCAGGAUGUUGAGGACUUCGUUUUAAAAGGAAAGAGUGACUGUUCAAUUUUCGAAGCCAAAAUUCUUAACGAUCGUCAAAUCGUAACGUCACACGAUGACGGUAGUCUGCGGGUGUGGGAUAGCAAAACAGGAGAAUUGGUGAAGAGAUUAUUAGGACACUACACCUCUACCGAAUUAUUUUCUGCUCCCGGAAAUCCUUACUUUUUAUCAAACGCUGUUAUGGACAGAGAGGAAACCUUCCGAAUAUGGAGUACAGAUACGUUUCAAUGUGUGACAUCAUUCAGACACGAUACUUACCAACCAAAGGUAUUAUGUUUGGAUGGUAACAGGGGUUUUGUUACGUGUGAGUCUAAACCUGGCAGAGUCAUUCACUGGACCCUGAAAGGAAACCCUAGCCACUGCACCCGCGAGGAGAUCCAUCAGACCUUGUUCACAGGACAAGUUUUGAAUCUGGCAACACAUUUAAUCGAGGAAACUGACUUUGAAGAUGACAAGGAUGAUCAAGAUGACGACGAAGAAAUUGUGUCGGAUGAAGAUGAUACUGAUAUGGAUUUAGUUGACGAACCUGAAACCAUAAAAACUGGCGUCUGACAUCCUGAAUUUCGAGAGAACCACUUGUAUAUAUAGAAAUAAAUCCGUCCUCCAGUUAA